AUGACGAAGUUCCGGAAGCUCGGUCGCCCUGCGGCCCAUCGAGUGUCCAUGCUCAAGUGAGUUCCCAUCUUCUUCUUCUUCCCUGACUCCUUUUCGCUUUUGAUCAUUUCCUUAUCGUUUUAUUUUAUUUUCAGAACGCUGGUGUCUCAGUUGGUGAAGCACGAGCGGAUAGAGACCACCGUUGCCAAGGUUUCUCCUCCUAUUCUACGGACGCUACAUUUUUUCUCACACGUAUGAGUUUUGCCAUUCCAUUGCGUGAACCAUAUUCUUCCCUGUUUAUUUGUUCUCAGGCCAAAGAAGUUCGUCGGGUUGCCGAUAGAAUGGUUCAGCUCGGCAAAGAGGUAUGCACGAACGUUGUGGGCUUAGCACUCAUGGUCUGUGGAAUGGCCAGUCAUUUCUUUUUACCCUGGACUAGAUUCGAGCUGAUCACGGAGAAUAAUUCCUCGGUCUCACUCUAUCGUUCACUCGCACAUUUUUGUUUACAGUAGUCGACAUACUGUCCAGCAAAUAGAUCAAGAGAUGGCGUCGUUCGAUUAGUAUAGAUCAGAAAAUAGUCCAUUGUUUUUAUGAGACCUGGAUAACAUGUGAGCUAGAGCUCUGUGUUACACAUCUGAUGAAUAAAGGUCAAAUAAUGAAUCUCAUGGAGAACAACGCGUUAAAUAUCGACGGUGCCCAGAGAUGGAAAAAAUGCGGGAAAUUCUUUACUUUGACUAAGUUUGCUUCCUUUUAUUUUAUUGAUUGGUAUGCGUUAUGAUGAGGUUUUCCUCCACGUUUUUUUUUCUGUUCCUCGUUUCUUGUGGUCCGUCCUGUUCUACAUCAAGAUCUCUAGGAGCAAUCCUUGUAGAUGGGGAGAGAUCCGGCCCACUUCUGGGUUCUCGGGAAGGCCAUUCGUGUUAACUGACAUCCAAGUUACGUCUCUGUUGAUCAAAACCUUCAUUACAUUAGGUAUUUCAGAAUCAAUUCCCUAAUCGGUUAACAUGACAAAGUACUCUAAUUCUGAUAGGAAAACUACAUUCAGUUCUGUGUCUUUUUUUGGGAUAGUUGGCAAAAAUAUACACAGUCUAACGUCACUGGGUUCUUGUUUUGACAACAGCAUGUCCGGUUGUUGAAUCAAUAACAAUAUUAUUAUUGCUGAAUAGUAUAUCCUUUUACCAUUAUUCUUUUAUUGAUUUAUGAUUUGAUGUUGUCCUGACUUUCGCUCUGUCAGAUCUUAAAGUCUAAUCGUUUUUGGACAUGGGCUCUUAUUUAGUUAUCCAACGCCUAUUCUUUUGAGACAUGCUAAUUAGAUUUCAAAGUUCCCUCAUAUGCUUCUAUGGAACUGUUGUCAUUUCUUUUCCUUUCUGUCAAAUGGACCUUAAUCUUUACCAAGGAGUGAAGAAUGAGACUCUUAAAAGUAAAUUAGACGUGGAAAGGAUGUGAGAUAUCUGUGCCCACUUUUCUCUCUUGAACAGGCGACUAUCAACUAUGGUGGGUAGUAAUGUCAUUUUAUCCACUAUGGUGGGAUAACCUUUAUCCCUUAAUGCAUUUACGGCGUUCUCAUGAUUUUCUGUGGGUUUGAGUCAUUAUGUUACUAAUUUCACCAGAGAAUGUGAACAGAGAAAUUUGAGAUAACCCCUACAUGUUAUUCUGGUAAUUCCAGUCCCACAUUGAGGAGGCAUGAUGUUCAUAUACACCAGUUAGGAGUUUUUCAAUACAGAACAAUACGCCUGUGGCUGAUUCACUAAUGCAGUAGAUUCUACGACUAUGCUUUUUGAGCAGUUCUAUGCUUUUUAAUUUUGUAGAAUAGAACAUGGUCCAGGACUCUUAAGGUCACAUGUCAAAGCCCAUGUAUCAGGCCCUAGAUGAAAAGGCAUGAGAAAUCUAGUACCAGUUUAACAUCUUCACCAGAGCAUAUGAGGCUUGUAAUCGGUAGAUGGACCUGUUGACUCGAGCCCUAUUGAGUUGGAUGCCUCAACAGCGUUAAUAUAGUAAAAUGUGUUGUAUUGUGGUUAGGGUAGUUUCGGUAGUCAUGAUGGACGAUUUGCAUGGUUCUCUGGCUGGCACCCUGGCUUCCAUGCUGCUAAAAAGAAACACCGGAUCUGAAGUAACUGUUUUUUUUUUUUUUUGGGUAAUUAUUUGGUAAGGAUUUGUUACAAUUAUGUGAAACAUUUCAGAUCAUUCAAAAAAUCACUUGAAAAAUGUAAUAAUUUUUAUCACCCCAAUGGGACCACUGCAAAUGGCCUCUCCAGUACCUUUGAGUGCCUUCUGACUUCUUUCUCCUGCCAACAUUCAAGUAACACAUGCUUUUUAAUGUGAAUUAAUUCGAAGUUUUUUUUUUUUCUUGGUCAGUAAAAUGUGUAUUCUUACUCUUUCCAUUUAAUUUUCAUACCUUGGUCAUUUUACUUCCGGAAAUUCGGCCAUUUAUUCCAUGCUAAGCAGUGUUCGUCGUGUUCCAGGGUACGCUUGCAGCUGCCCAGCAGGCUUCUGCUUUCGUACGUGGUGACGAUGUUAUGCACAAGUUGUUCACAGAGUUGGCAUACCGCUACAAGUAACCCUGCCAAUUCACUGAGCUCUGCCCAUCUUGCUGAUUAAAGAUCAUCUCCAGAGGCAUAAUGGAUGCAUUAUAUUUACAGGGAAAGGGCAGGGGGUUACACCCGGCUCCUUCGGACCCGCAUACGGAUGGGAGAUGCUGCACCUAUGGCCUACAUCGAGUAAUAUUCUCCCCUAAAAUCCUUCAAAUCGAUUCCCUCUUUCAGAAGCUCAAGUGAGAUUCCACCCGUUCACAGCAUUUGAUUCAUGUUGGCCGUGAUAUUCUUCCUGGUAGAUUUGUUGACCGGGAGAACGAGCUUCGAGAGGCAAAGCCUCCAGCACCACAACCCCUUCAGAGACCCUCAACGGAUCCAUGGGCGAGGUCAAGAGCAAGCCAGCAGUGGGCUCCUCCCAAGGAGGACACAGAGACUUGA